AUGCCAGAACAAGCCGAGGCAAAUCAUCCGCCGACAGUGGUAGUGAUUGGCGCUGGAGUCUUGGGUCUGUCAUCAGCGAUAAAAGUACAAGAAGCUAUCGCAUCCCGGAAGACCGGUGGAAGCGAUGAUCUACAGGUGCUUCUAGUUUCGCGAGAAUGGCCCAGCUCGAUUCCCGGCUCCCCCUCCAAGCACUCGGCCAACUACGCUUCCAUGUGGGCUGGCGCCCAUGUGCGGCCCAUUCCUGCUACUACGGCGCAACUGCAACGAGAAGCCAAAUGGCUGAAGCAGACUGUCGCAGACUUUGGCACGCAAAUGGAAACAGAGCCGUGGAGCGGCGUUACUCGUACAUUGGGUAUUGAGCUUCUGGCAGCCCCAGACGAUGGGUACCGGCAGCAAGAUGCCAAGAGCUUUUUGGAAGAGACUGGUCUUCCACGGUAUAGGAAAUGGUCCGAGUCUGAACUUCCAAAGGAUGUGGUCCUUGGCUAUGAGUAUGAGACGUACUGCGUGAAUACUCCGGUCUAUUGCCAAGCACUCCUUCGGCGAUUCAUCCUGCGCGGCGGCAAGACUCUCGAACUAGACCUAAAGACCGAAUGGGAAGCUUUUUCAAUACAGAAAAAUGUGGUCUUGGUGAUUAAUGCCAGCGGUACCGGGUUUGGCGAUGCCAAAUAUUUUCCGACACGAGACAUGGACGAUGCGACCAAGACAGUUACCCGCCAAAAUAAGGACGGCACUUGGAGCUUCAUCAUCCCUCGAUUUUUUUCAGGGGGCACCAUCGUCGGUGGUACCAAGCAGCCGGGAGAUUGGUCCACGGAACCUGAUGUCGACACACGAACCGCACUGCUAGCGGGAGGACGGGAGCUUCGCAAGUUUGCCAGUUCUUCUGCCAGCAAUGCACAAGGUAUUUCAGUUAUUGCAGAUGUCGUUGGUCGUCGGCCAACAAGAGAAGGAGGUAUGCGGAUUGAGCUGGAACAAAAAGACGUAUCGGGACGGCAGGCUACAGUCCUACACGCCUAUGGUGCUGGAGGGCGAGGCUAUGAGAUCAGCUGGGGAGUGGCAAGAGAGGUUGCGCAGCUGCUAUGCAGAUACUUUGCAAUUGCGAAGUAUUAUGCCAGACUGUUCUGUUCCCAACCAAGUGGGAGCAGUGACGUGAGGAACCCGAGAAGCUUCCCCAGUGGUGUGGUGGAAUCCUGUGUUGCCAGCAACUCAUUGCCGUCGUCGACUUCGAGACAGGCAUCCUACUUUUUCGUUGUGUUUGGAAACUGGCCGAGGUUUAGUAAUGCUCAUUCGAUCGUGAAGGGUGCCAUUCGCUAUAAGUUCGAGGAAGCUGACGUCCGAAGCAUGGUGGUAACACCGGACAAGGUUUGGGCAAUUGGAUUCGGCAAGUGA